AUGGCUCGAGGCAUCGAAGGCAACGAGAUCGCCACACCUCGUGUCCCCAAACUUCAGAAAUCCACCUCCUCGGCUUCACAAUCAGGAAAGCAACAGAAGAGCAUCCUAGGCUUCUUCCAGCGAAAGACGGCGCCUGCUUCGUCGCCUGCUGCUCCAAGUCAGGCUACAGCUGCUUCAAGUCCUCCACCACAAUCUUCGCCUGCUCCUGCCAAUUACAAUGGUAAAGAGAAUGCAGUACCGCUAGAGAAGCCAUCGAUCCCCUCCUCAAGCCCUGUUCGCACUGGAAAGAAGAAAGUCAACUAUGCCGAGUCCGAAGACGAGGAUGAUGAACCCGUCCUUCGACAACGCUCAGGCAAUGCCGCCGCACGCUCUACCAAGAGGAGGAAACUAGACGACGACUCUGACGAUGAUUUUGCCAUGGAUGAUGCUACUGAAGCUCUCAUGGCUGCUGCUGAUGAGGAUGACAUGGACAACUUUGUUGUCGACGAUGAUGCCUCGGAAGAUGACGCUCCUGUCAAACGUAAGAAGUCCAGCCAGCCGCGGAAGCCUUCCAAACAGCCAUCUCCCAUCGCAGAAGAUGAGCCAAGUCAGAGUCCAGAAAUACCCUCAACCUCGACAGCUCAGCAAUGGAACUUUGAUCCAGACAACGUCCAGCCAUACGCUUCCAGGAAGACGCCUCAACGCAAACCACAAUCUGGCCCUGCCAAGAAGCAGAAGGCUCACAUGUCGGAACCCGAUGCUCGUUAUCCCUGGUUAGCCGAUAUCAUGGACGCAGAACGUAACAGGCCCGGUACCCCAGAGUAUGACCCACGCACUCUCUACAUUCCUCCUUUGGCAUGGUCCAAGUUCUCCCCGUUCGAAAAACAGUACUGGGAGAUCAAGUCAAAGUUCUGGGACACCAUUGUCUUCUUCAAGAAGGGAAAGUUCUACGAAUUGUACGAGAACGAUGCCACCAUUGGUCACCAACUGUUUGAUCUGAAAAUGACCGAUCGUGUCAACAUGCGUAUGGUCGGUGUGCCUGAGGCAUCACUUGACCACUGGGCCAAUCAGUUCGUCGCCAAAGGUUUCAAGAUUGCCAGAGUUGACCAGAUGGAGACCGCUUUGGGCAAAGACAUGCGUGAGAGAGAUGAAAAGACCGGCAAGGGCGGUAAGCCAAAGAAGGAAGAGAAAGUCAUUCGUCGUGAGCUGGCCUCCGUCUUGACUUCCGGUACUCUCGUCGAUGGUGGCAUGUUGCAGGACGACAUGUCAACCUAUUGUGCUGCUAUUACUGAACGUGAGGUUGACGGACUGCCGGCAUUUGGUAUCGCUUUCGUCGAUACUGCAACGGCUCAAUUCCAGCUCUGCGACUUUGUUGACGAUGUCGACAUGACCAAGUUUGAGACUUUCGUCGCUCAAACGAGACCUGGCGAACUGCUUCUCGAAAAGUCGUGCAUUUCUUCCAAAGCUGUACGUAUUCUGAAGAACAACACCAGCCCCACGUGUCUUUGGAAUCACCUCAAACCAGAGAAGGAGUUCUUGACAGCCGACAAGACUGCAUUGAAGAUCACUGGAGAGCACUACUUCAAGUCUGACGACAACGAUGGCGAUGAUGCCUGGCCUGCUAUACUCAAAGAAGCUAGGGAGAAGGAGCUGUGCUUCUCUGCCCUUGGCGCCCUGAUUUGGUACCUUCAGAUGCUCAAGAUUGAGCGUGAUCUGAUAUCGCUUGGCAACUUCAACUGGUACGACCCGAUCAGAAAGGCGUCCAGUCUUGUGCUCGACGGCCAAAGCUUGAUCAACCUUGAGAUCUUUGCGAACAGCUACGAUGGUGGCGUCGAAGGCACACUUUUUGCCAUGCUCAAUCGCUGCAUCACGCCCUUUGGUAAGCGUAUGCUUCGCCAGUGGGUCUGUCAUCCUCUGGCAGACACUGUGAAGAUUAACGCAAGACUUGAUGCUGUAGAGGCACUCAAUGCUGAUCUCACAAUCACCGAUCGCUUCACUGCAUCUUUGUCAAAGAUUCCCGAUCUUGAACGCCUCAUCUCCCGCAUUCAUGCCGGCAGAUGCAAGGCUACAGAUUUUGUCAAGGUCUUGGAAGGCUUCGAGCAAAUUGAAUACACCAUGAGCUUACUCUCAAGCUUUGGUGAGGGCGAAGGUGUUCUCGGACAGCUCAUCUCAUCAAUGCCUGAUCUCGCUGGAGCACUUGCUCACUGGACUGACGCCUUCGACCGUGAACAUGCGAAGGACCAGAAUCUGCUUGUCCCUAAGCCAGGCGUCGAAGAAGACUUUGAUGAGAGCCAAAAUACGAUUGAGCAGAUCGAAGGACAGUUGCAGUCUCUUCUCAAGCGUUGUCGAGAUGAGCUGGGCACUUCAGCUGCCAAGUAUGUUGACAACGGUAAGGAGAUUUACCAGAUCGAGGUCCCAGUCAAGGCCAAGAACAUUCCAAAGAACUGGAAGCAGAUGUCAUCGACUGCCAAAGCAAAGCGUUAUUACUUCCCCGAGCUGGAGAGUCUGAUUCAAGACUUGAAAGAAGCGCAAGAAACACACGGACAAAUUGUCAAGCAGGUUGCCGGUAGAUUCUACGCUCGCUUCGACCAAGACUACGCCAUCUGGCUUGCCGCGGUGAAGAUUGUUGCUCAUCUGGACUGUCUCAUUUCUCUGUCCAAAGCAUCUGCCUCGCUCGGAGAACCAAGCUGCAGACCUGAAUUCGUCGACUCCGAGCGUAGUGUGCUCGAGUUCUCCGACCUUCGUCACCCAUGCAUGCUCAACACAGUCUCGGAUUUCAUUCCCAACGACAUUGCCCUUGGUGGUGACAACCCGAGCAUCGAUCUCUUGACUGGUGCCAACGCGGCUGGUAAGAGUACCGUGCUGCGCAUGACCUGCAUUGCUGUUAUCCUGGCUCAGGUCGGCUGUUUUGUGCCCUGCGUUGCAGCACGCAUGACUCCUGUUGACCGUAUCAUGUCUCGUCUGGGCGCCCAUGACAAUAUUCUGGCUGGUCAGAGUACAUUCAUGGUGGAGUUAAGCGAGACGAAGAAGAUUUUGUCUGAAGCUACACCCCGUUCGCUGGUGAUUCUUGAUGAACUUGGCCGUGGUACGAGCAGUCACGAUGGUGUUGCCGUUGCACAAGCAGUGCUUCACCAUGUCGCUACCCACACUGGCUGUAUUGGUUUCUUUGCCACCCACUACCACUCCCUGGCAGCAGAAUUUAGCUUACAUCCAGAAAUUUCGCCCAAGCGUAUGGCCAUCAUGGUAGAUGACACCGAGCGUCGCAUUACCUUCUUGUACAAACUCGAGCCUGGUGUGGCAGAAGGCAGUUUCGGUAUGCACUGUGCAGCUAUGUGUGGUAUCCCAGAUGCCGUCAUUCAGCGUGCAGAGGACGCAGCCAAGGAAUGGGAGUAUACAGGACGCCUGCAAGUACGUGCGGAAGAGCGUAAGGAUGGGGAGCUGCCUCUCGGGUUGCUGAGCGAUAUUGCGUGGAUGCUCAAGACUGCUGAUGAUGCAGCUCCUGAAGGUGAAGAAGGACUUGGCGAGCGUGGUUUGGAGGUGUUGAGAAGAACCAUUGCUGCGUUGUAA